CCUCAACGCGCUGAGAGCGAAUCAUCUUAACCUCUCCAACAGUUCUCGCCCCGGAACGGGCAGCGGUGCUCGCGCAUCUUCGAGGCAGCGCGCCGGGUCUCGCAGCUCGCAAGAUUACGAUGCCUAAGUUCUGCUUAGGUAUGCUCAGCGUCAAGGGCGCUUCUCGCCGGCGAAAUUCGAUCGUCAAAAAGUUCCAUCAAUACUCCAUGUCCCCCUGCGGAUAUACCCGUGUACUUUGCGCUGUCACCUACUGUCUAUCAAUGCUUUCCACUCUAUGCACAUACAAGAUAUCCAUACAAUUUGUACCUUCAUCUCACAUUCAUACUGUCCCUACGCAGCGCAGGACCGGUUCUCUACAUUUUUGGCGGACGCUUGUAACACCUUGCUUGCAUCUCAAGGCUGGUGCCUGUGGCUGGUAUCAUACACCUCUGGAUAGAUAGAAUUGUUAUUUAUGCGGCCCGUGCCGGCGUUUGGCCACGACUUGGGGUGAUGUUGUAGCGCCAGCGUCACCAACUGGCAGGCGGCCGGCGCCCCUAAUGCUGCCCUGACCUCACGCCUCUUGCAUGAGCGUGGUGCCAGCCACACCUUGGCCCCAAGC